CUAUAUCACACUAUUGCCUGUGAUAACCAUCAAUAUCUGUUAAUACAGAGGAUGAAAUUUCAUUGACCAUUAAAGUUAAAUAAUCGUUAUCAAUUGUACUAUUUAAUAUUCAUCAGCACGUACUAACAUAACAAUCAUGAGGGAAAAGUUACCUGAAACAAUAAACUUUCCUAAAGAAGAGGAAAAAAUUCUCGAGUUUUGGCAGAAGCAUGAUGUUUUUCAAAACAGUGUCCGUCAAUCUAAAGGUAAGCCACGUUAUUCUUUCUACGAUGGACCACCUUUUGCAACAGGACUUCCUCAUUAUGGCCAUAUCCUAGCUGGAACAAUUAAGGAUAUUGUAACGAGAUAUGCACAUCAAAGUGGCUUUUAUGUAGAACGCCGAUUUGGUUGGGAUACUCAUGGAUUGCCAGUAGAAUAUGAAAUAGAUAAGACUCUGGGGAUCAAAGGUCCAGAUGAUGUUGAAAAAAUGGGAAUAGAAAACUAUAAUAAGGAAUGUAGAAAGAUCGUCAUGAGAUAUUCUGAAGACUGGGAAAAGAUUGUAGGACGAAUGGGUCGUUGGAUUGAUUUUAAUAAUGAUUACAAGACUUUAUACCCUUGGUACAUGGAAUCAAUUUGGUGGAUUUUUCAAGAAUUAUUCAAUAAAGGUUUAGUUUACCAAGGAGUGAAAGUUAUGCCUUACUCUACAGGAUGUAAUACACCUUUAUCCAAUUUUGAAUCGGGCCAGAAUUAUAAAGAAGUGAUAGAUCCAUCCGUAUUUAUAGCAUUUCCUCUUCUAGAUGAGCCCCAAACAUCAAUUCUUGCCUGGACAACCACUCCUUGGACUCUUCCAAGUAAUUUGGCUCUUUGUUGUAAUCCAAACUUUGAAUAUGUUGUUAUAAUUGAUAAAGCAACAAAUAAAAAGUAUAUUUUAUUGGAAGCAGCAUUGGAAAGAGUAUAUAAAUCUAAUCAUCAAUAUGAAAUUAUUGAAAAAAGAAUGGGAUCUGAGAUCAAAGGAAAAUCUUACGAACCCCCAUUUCCUUAUUUUGAACAUCUGAGAGCUAAAGGUGCAUUCAAAGUGCUAAAUGAUACUUAUGUAACAGCAGAAACUGGUACAGGAUUUGUUCAUCAAGCUCCGUAUUUUGGUGAAGAUGAUUAUCGUUGUUGCUUGGAAGCAGGAAUCAUUACUAGAGAUCAAGAAGCCAUUUGUCCAGUAGACAGCUGUGGAAAAUUUACUGAACCAGUUAAAGAUUUUGUAGGAAUGUAUGUAAAGGAUGCUGAUAAAGAAAUUAUUAAAUAUCUUCAAACAAAUGGCAAAUGUGUGAAACAUGUUGGACAUUCUCACAGCUAUCCUUAUUGCUGGCGAUCGGAUACACCUUUGAUUUACAAAGCUGUACCUUCUUGGUUUAUUCGAGUAGAGAGUAUCAAAGAUAAGCUUUUAUCAGCAUCUGCAGAAACUUAUUGGGUUCCUGAUUAUGUUAAAGACAAAAGAUUCGGUAAUUGGUUGAGAGAUGCUCGAGAUUGGGCUAUAAGUCGUAAUCGUUAUUGGGGCAAUCCAAUUCCUCUUUGGGUGUCUGAAGAUAAUAAAGAGAUAGUUUGUAUUGGAAGCAUAGCUGAAUUAGAGAAACUCACGGGAAAAAAAAUUACUGAUAUCCAUAGAGAAAGCAUAGAUAACUUGGAAAUUCCAUCAAAACGUCCAGGAUGUAAACCAUUGAGACGUAUUCCUGAAGUCUUCGAUUGUUGGUUCGAGUCUGGAUCAAUGCCUUACGCUCAGAUGCAUUAUCCCUUCGAUAGGGUAAAGGACUUUGAAGACAGUUUUCCGGCAGAUUUUAUUGCUGAGGGCAUAGAUCAAACCAGAGGAUGGUUUUAUACACUUUUGGUGAUCUCCACUGCUUUGUUUGAUAAACCUCCAUUCAAAAAUCUUGUCUGCAAUGGUUUAGUACUUGCAUCUGAUGGCCAAAAAAUGUCUAAACGUAAAAAAAAUUAUCCUGAUCCUUUGGAGAUUGUUAAUAGAUUUGGAGCAGAUGCUUUAAGACUUUAUUUGAUUAAUUCUCCAGUUGUUCGAGCAGAAAACUUGAGAUUUAAAGAAGAAGGAGUCCGCGAUGUUAUCAAAGACGUCUUCCUUCCAUGGUAUAAUGCAUUCCGAUUUUUGAUGCAGAAUAUUGAUCGAUUCGAAACUGAAGAGAAGUCUGAAUUUAUUUAUAGAGAUAUCAAAGACAUUUCUAAUGUCUCUGAUAAUAUUAUGGACAGAUGGAUUUUGUCAUUCACUCAAACCUUACUUCAAUUCUUGAAACAAGAAAUGAAAGCUUAUCGGUUGUAUACAGUUGUUCCUAAAUUGAUUAAAUAUAUUGAAAAUUUGACUAAUUGGUACGUGAGGAUGAACAGGAAAAGAAUCAAGGGAGACUAUGGAAUGGAAGAUUGUAAACAUGCUCUCAAUACUCUCUUCAGUGUCAUAUAUACCAUGGUACGCAUCAAUGCACCUUUCACACCCUUUUUGAGCGAAUUCAUGUUUCAAAAAUUGGCUCCAUUGUUAUCGAAAGAAAAUUUUAAGGAGAACUUAGAGAGUGUUCAUUAUCAAAUGAUUCCUGACCCACGUUCUCAGCUGAUUAAUACAGAAAUUGAACGUGCAGUUUAUCAUAUGCAAACUGUUAUUGAAUUAGGAAGAGUUGUUCGAGACAGGAAAACAAUUCCUGUUAAAUAUCCGCUUCCAGAAGUAGUAGUGAUUCAUCAGGAUGCUAGAAUAUUAGAAGAAAUAAUUAGUUUAAAGCCAUACAUUCUGGAAGAGCUGAAUGUCAAAGAGUUAACAGUAACUACAGACAAGGAAAAAUAUGGAGUGGUGCUAAGAGCGGAACCCGAUCAUAAAACUCUAGGGUUUAGAUUAAAAGGAGAAUUCAAAUCAAUUAUUCAGGCAAUUAAACAGUUAACGGAUGUUCAAUUACAAGAGUUCUUGGUUAAAAAGGAAAUUACAGUACAAAAACAUAAAUUAGGAGAACAAGAUUUAAGAUUAAUGUUUAGCUUUUCUGGUCCAGCUGCUGAGCAGUUAUCCCGCAGAUAUGAAGCUCAUAGUGAAGGAAAUAUCUUGAUACUUCUGGAUAUAACUCCAGAUGAAUCGAUGCAACAUGAAGGAAUUGCUAGAGAAAUUAUUAAUAGAGUGCAGAAAUUGAGGAAGAAAGCACAGCUGGUUCCUUCUGAUGCUGCUGAUGUCUAUUACAAAAUCUCUGAUCCUAAUUGUUCUCUAGCUAAAGUUAUUGUCGAAUAUAAAGAAUUUAUUGAAAAUACUACCAAGACUCCGCAACAAGAAUAUGCUGAAACUCCUACCGAUGCUCAAGUUAUCAUUGAAGAAAUGCAGAAGAUCAAAGGUAUGGAGAUGAAAUUAUUAUUAGUAAAACGUAAUACAAAUACGUCUGAGAAUACAUCGUGUGUAGGCAAUGAACCUAGUUCAGCUUAUGUAAAUGUUAAACUUAUUGACGUUGAACCUUGGGGUGCUGAAAAAGGAGAUGUAGGCUCAAUCUUCAUAGAAAGUCCACGAGAUCGUGAGCUAAUUACUUUUCAGCAGUUGAAAGAUGAAAUUGAGAUUAUCUUCGGCAUUUAUGAUAAACAGUAUAAUCUAUUUUGUGACCGAAAGAAACUUAAUGAAGGAAUUGAUAUACGGACUUUAAAUAGAAAAUAUAUUUUCGUAAUAAAACCAGGACAAGAUUGUUAUCAUGAAGAAAUAGACAUUAUUGCUCCAUGUUGUAAAUUUCUUUGUGUAACACACGAGAAUAAAAAGACAUCGAUAUUUUUAGAGAAUCCUAAAUCAAAAUAUCGUAUAGACAGCAAGAAUGCGAAGAAAAAGAUAGAUUCCAUCUUUGGAACAAACUUUGAAAUAACCCAAAAUCUUCUUGACUCACAUUUUUAAUCUCGCUAUUAAUAGAACUAAUUUUUGACACAUUAUUUUUACUAAUUAUCAUUUAAACUGGAAUUGUGUGAUAUAUAUCCAUGUAAUUUAUGAAUAAAUAAGGAUU